ACACACUGCUUAUGAAUGGCACAUCAUCCAAAGAACAGCGUGAGUGUGAAACAACACCCCUGCGAACAUUGUUCGAAAACAUUUUCCCGCCUUUCAGCGCUUCAGAUACACACAAGAGUUCACUCUGGCGAAAGACCGUAUUCGUGUGCACAUUGCCCCAAGGCAUUCACUCAAUCCUCAAAUUUAAUGAAACACAUGAAAGUCGUCCACACUGGUGCAAAACCCUUUUUGUGUGAACAGUGUCCGAAAGCGUUUUCUUCGCGCUCCCACCUGAAGAGACACAUGAAAGUCCAUACAAGCAAAAAAACAUCUCUCGAGUCUUCAAGCUUUAAAACUCAUUUAGAUGCGCGCACUGGCAAGAAGACCUAUUCGUGUGACUUUUGUCCGAAGUCAUUUCCUUUCGCUUCAACACUAAAACAACAUAUGAGCGCCCACACUGAUGAGAAGCCCUAUUCUUGUGAAUGCUGCUCAAAGCCGUUUUCUAGGAUUGCUGACUUAAUGAGACAUUUGAGGAUUCAUACUGGCGAGAAGCCCUAUUCGUGUGACUAUUGUUCGAGGACAUUUUCCAGCACUUCAAACUUAAAGACACAUCUGAAAACCCAUACUGGUGAAAAGCCUUAUUCGUGUGACUAUUGUUCGAAGGCAUUUUCAACGAGGUCACACAUUAAGGAGCAUUUGAGAACCCAUACUGGAGAAAAACCCUAUUCGUGUGACUAUUGUUCGAGGGCAUUUUCUUCGCUUUCAGACUUAAAUAGACACAAGAGAACCCAUACUGGUGAAAAGCCCUAUUCGUGUGACUAUUGUUCAAAGCCGUUUUCUAGGAGUGCGGACUUGAAGAAACAUUUGAAGGUUCAUGCUGGCGAGAAGCCCUAUUCGUGUGACUAUUGUUCGAGGACAUUUUCUAGCACUUCAAACUUAAAGACACAUUUGACGACCCAUACUGGUGAAAAGCCACAUUCGUGUGACUAUUGUUCGAUGACAUUUUCCAACACUUCAAACUUGAAGACACAUUUGACGACCCAUACUGGUGAGAAGCCUUAUUCGUGUGACUAUUGUCCGAAGGUAUUUUCAACGAGUUCACACUUGAAGGAACAUUUGAGACGCCAUACUGGAGAAAAACCCCAUUCUUGUGACUAUUGUUCAAAGGCAUUUUCGAAUGGUUCAGGUUUGAAAUUCCAUUUGAGACUCCAUACUGGAGAAAAGCCCUAUUCGUGUGACUAUUGUUCAAUGGCUUUUCGUCUCGCUCACAACUUAAAGGCACAUUUGCGACUGCAUUCUGGCAAUAAGCUCUGUUCAUCUCAAUAGGCUCAAAAAACUGCAUUUUAUUUUUUUUAAAUCCUGGAAAUACUCAGGGCCUGAUUACCGCACAGGCCUACUAAGUCUGGGCCUGGGGGCCCCAAAUUACUUAAAGAAUUAUGCAUAGCAUUACAAAUAUACAAAAAAUACACACAUUUUUAAAAUAAUAGCCUUCAGGGGGCCUCCAAAUUAUUGUGAGCCCUGGGCCUCACUUUUAGUUAGUCGGGCCCUGGAAACAUACGAGCUGUAUUGGAAUCUUCAUAGAAAUUCCGGGGGAAAAAAUGAAUCGAAUACCUGCUAUUGAUGUGAACUGAGGGAAAAAAUAAACUGCAGUCUAUUCUAUAAUAACUCAGAUUGUGAUCAGAAUUUUUGUUACUUCAGAUGGAGAUACUUUUAGCCAACAAAAUUUGAUUAUAAACACUAGCACGCGCACAAAUUUUAAGUACUUGUAUACUCUUUACGGUGAAAAAAUAAAAUAUAGUGAUGACUCAUCGGUCGUCACUCAUUUUUUUGAUGUCUUCAAAAUGUUGAAGGAACUUUUCCAAGAAAGGAUAAGCUAAGCUGGAAGUCAGUAGACACUUAAUGAAUCACAAAAAUAUCACUCGCUGCAAGCGGUGUUUGUUAAAAUAAUAGUUUAAAAAUCUAAAAAAACAAGCUUUCGUAGCAAAAUGAACUAAAAAGUGAAAAACAAUCUUUGGAUGAUAGAAGUUGACCAAGCACUUAAUUUUAAUGUAAUACAAAAAAGCGUUUCUUGUAUUACACACUUUUUUGCGUUUUAAAAGCGUACACGCUUCUUUGUAUUACAUUAAAAUUAAGUGAUUGAAUAACCUCACCCUCGUGUUAUAAUCAUUAUAACAAUGUUCCUAAGUAAAGCCACUCAUAGCCUAGCAUCUCGUUACAUUAUAUUGGGUUUAGUAUUUGAAUGGCUCGAAACGUUACAGAUGUUUUCCGUUCACAUUCAAAGUAUAUUAGUGCAUAAUAUUCAUGCACUUAGAAGUAGAUUCAUUGACCAGAAGGAAUCCUAAGAAAUAAAAACCGCGAACAUUUAAAAAUAAAAUUAUUAAAACUUUGUUAUGAAACAUCGAGGGGGGGAUGGCAAUUCAAUUUCCCGUGCUCCCUCCAAAAGAGUUUUUUGCAUCCGCCCAUGAGUGUAUUAUCAAUAUUUUUCAAAAUCUUUGCUUUUUGUUUUAUUUGGAUAAAUUAAUUGAGGAGUUUACUUUCAAAAUGAAUUAUGUCCACUUUUGGAAAAAACAUUUCUUUUUUUUUUCCUUCAUUUUAAAAAUCUCUAAUAUAAGCCCUACCGACCCAUGAAUUUCUUUCUGCUAGAAGUGUUUUAUAUCUACUGUUAAAAAAUGCGUAAACAUUGGUUUUAUCACCUAUACGGUGUAUAUCCAUCCCCUUAUUUCUCGCCAGGUUUUUUACAGCAAAGUGAAACUUAUCCCUUAUUUGCCGGUACCAACUCAUUCACUUUCAUAUCAAAAGGGCACAUAUCCUAAUUUGAAUUUGCCACUUCUAAUUCAAAAGUAGUUCACCAAUAAAAUAGCGGAACGAAGCGUCUGUUUUCAGUUAGGCAAGCGCGACCUCAAAUUGUGAUUACUAAAUUAAUAAUAAAUAAUUAAUAUUGCUAUUAAAUUGUAAUUAGUUUAUGAUUAAAUUGUGAUUACUUAUGAUGAAAAUUGUGAUCUAUUAAUAAAUACAACGUUGUUAUUUGAAUCGGCUUGGGUGGUUUUAAUGUUCAUACUUAAUUAGAUCGAAGAUUUUUUUUUUUUUUUUUGAGCAAUCACGAUUGUUUAUUGUUCUCAUUUGACUGUUUUUAUAUUCCUAUGAUUUUA